AUAAAUAAAAAAAAUUAUAAAUAGUUUAAGUAAGUAUCUAAAAAAAUAAAUACAAUCGUACUUAUUUUACAAAUCUUUGCAACGAUGGCACCCAUUAAAUUGUAGUUAGGUUUUCAAAAUUUAUUCCGUCGAAGAAGACUACAGAAUUUAUACAUGUGUAUGAUAAAUGCACCAAAUAUCGUCUUCUUUUUUUUAAUAAAAGGUCUUCAAUUUACCCCCCCCCCCCCCAAAAAAAAAAUAAAUAAAUAAAUAAAAUAAAUAAAAAUAAAUAGAAUUUUAAAAAUCCAGGAAAUAUCUUCACCAACUUUCUACAACUCGUGUAUGUUUGACCAAUCACCAAUCGGACCAUGUACAGAUAACCCACGUUAUCAUCCUUUAUAAUUUAUGACUCGAUCAAACUGCAGAUGUGAAUUCCCAGGAAUUAUCAUGGUCUGAAGAUAAGGUAUAUAUAUGGGCAACUUAACUUGGAUCUCCUGAUCUUUGGUUUUUUUUUAUCAAAAUAAAAAGGAAAGUAUGCCAAUAAAAUUUGAACAUUAAAUCCAAAAUUUACACAAAAUAAAAAAAAAAUACACUUUAUAUUCUUUCAUUUGUUUGAUUCGUUCUGUAUUUAAUAGCAUGUCUGCAGAGCCUUAAUUAGGAUUGCAGCCAUGUGUACAAUUACACGCAUUAAUACCUAUACCCCUUCACGGUUAAAAAUCACAAAACCAAUUAAAACAUGCAGAAAGUAUCUCAUCUAUUGGAGCAAAUAAAGACAUGUACAUCUAUCAAAAACAUGCCCCACUUCUCCCUUUAUAAACUGCAAUGCAUUUGCACAUUAAGAAAAAUUAAGUGAUAUGUAUAGAUGUAGAGAUUAUCGGACCACUUGGGGCAAUAUAACCCGUGGAUACACAGCGGUGAUCGAACAACAACUAUAUGUAUAUAUGUUUUAUGAAACGACAUUCGCCUUCAAGCAAAACAAGACUGCGAUACGGGAUUGCCGGCGAAUAAGCAGCAUUUCCCCGUGAGACACUAGUCAGAGAAGCACACUCAGGAGGGUAGCCUUUUUUUAACCAUCAAUAAUUGACUGAAAAUAGCGACAUGACAGGAGGAGAAACUAAAGGGACCGACAGGAAAGACCUACAGGUCGCACUUUGAAGUGUCAGCUCCAACCCGGGGUCACGUCCAUUUUAACACCGAGACCUUUGGACAUUUUUGAUAUCGUCGUGAGCAGUACUAUUUAGCCAGGAUGCUGAUCCUCGCGGUGAUCACUGGGAUUAUAAUAUGGCGGAUCGUGAUCUACUGUCAGCAGGACAAGGACGAUGAACCGAGCGAGCCGGUCUCCAUGAGAACCAAACUGAAGCAGACGGUGGUCAAGUAUAAAAUCUACAUCGCCGUGGGUAGCUGUAUAUCCUCCAUCUUGGGGGGAUUGUGGAUUUAUUUCAUGUACAUCCACCCCCUUCUCGGACACAAACUUUCCUUCCAUUUCGAGGCCCACUGGGAAAUCGGGACGCGCGAGUCUUGGGCCGCCCAUUUUGAAAUGCUGACCAUGUCAGAGAAACUGGACAGCAAACCUUGUCCGCAUUUCUCCCGAGACAAAUUUAUCAAGAUUCUGGAGAACUUUAACAAUAUAUCUAAGGAUCAGAGCUUACACGAGACACUGCAGCGACUGACAGUAUCCAGGUCCCCCGGUGUGCCCGGCAUGUACAACGACGAGGGGAGCUACCCCGUCAUCUUACUAGAAACAUCUGUGUCUAACUAUCAGGCAGUGCGGGAGUUCAUUCGCAGUAGGGAGCAAGUCCUUAUAAAGAAGUUCCCCAAUCUAAAGUUACUAAUUUUUGACAUGGGGUUGACCUUUCAGCAGAAGUACAAACUGUUGAACUGCAGUCAGUGCGAAAUUGUGGAAAAUCUGCCAGACAUCCGGGUGUUUUACUGGACACCGGUGCUAGUUUAUCUCGCCCUGCAGCGGUUUGACUCCGUGGUCUGGCUGGACCCGGCCUCGGAUCUCGACAACGAUACCCUGCACAACAUUCUACAGAAAACUGAAAAAGAGGAAAUUCAGAUCGUUCUGAAAAAGGAUCUUCCCAGGAAGUGGCCCGAGUCCAAAAUCCUGAAAACUUUGACCAACCAGGAAAAAGUUUCGACUUUUGAUAUCUUACUGACUGAAGAUGAAAAGGAAGCAGAUAAAAGACAAGAAAUGUUGUCCGAAUCUCAAAUUGUCCGCAUGCAAAAUAAUUUAUCGCCUGGCAACAAUGAAGGAUGUCUCAAAUUAGUGCCUACCAUUAAAUCUGACAUUAUUUCAAUCAAACAAAACAACUUCACAACAGAAGCCAUUGUGAGACCUUGGGUGUUUUGUGCGUUAUCUGGGCGGUGUGUUCCGAAUGACAAUUGUCGGCCAUUUCAUUCCUAUGAUAUUAUGACGCAACAAAACUGCGACAGAACUCAUCAAGUUUUAAAAAGAAUUCUGGUGUCUUUAUUUAAUGACAUGUAUGUUAAUUUUUACUACAACCAUUAACUCCCUACAGUGCCUGUGAUUUCCGUGUCCUUACAUGUACAUAGAUUGUGAGUUUAUGCCGCUUUAUGGAUUUAACCUCUCAAAUGAUUAAUUUAACAAUUGGGGUGUGGAAACAUAACAACAGUGACGAUGCUUUUUCGUUGUUGUUAUUUAUGCUACAUGUUUAUAUGUUCCAUGAAAAAACCAAUGAACUAGAACCUAAAAACAAUUCUCAUCUCUACUGAAAAGAAAUUAGAUACCGUGAAAUAAACAUGUAUUUUCGUGGUCUUUGUAUCAACAUAACAACGAAAUAAGGUAUUUAUAACAAAGAGCGAAAAAAAUGAAAUAAAAAUGAAAAUACUCAGGUAAUCUUUUGUCAAUUUAUUAAAGUAAUAAUUUGUCCGAUAUCUGUUAGGGAUAGUGAUUAACCUGCUUUGUAUGUAUUGAUAUAGAAAUUAAUACAUUCAUGUUUUUGGGAGAGCGCAGAACGUUACAUUGAUGCGACACAAAUCCCGCCCAUCCUUAAUAUUUCUGACUAAUAUACGUCAGUACACCCGAAGCGGGCACCUGUCAAUCAGACGUCAUAAGUUACACAAUAAACUACCGUAGGUGACGCAUCCCCGGGUAACAUGAUCCAUUACAGUCUCUGAUUGACAGGAAGAGAGAGGGAGGGGACGCGGUAUGACUGUGCCGGACCUUUUAACAAGGUAACACGUAGGUAUACAUAACAAAAGGUAAUGCACAGGUAAUAUAUAGGUAACACAGGUAAUGUCGAUACCCAGACUGUAGGUGUAAGCCGGUCCCGUGUUGGCGGUUAUAUAUGUAAGGCCAUAACUGACCUUAUAUUAACACCCUGUGUGUAGUAAAAUGCAGUAGAUAUAUAGGCCAAAUGCAGGAACAACUAGAGCCAAGCUCGUUGCAAAGCAACCCCCCUGUAUACAUGUUUUUAAAUGUAUUCGUUAAAAACUUGACUUAUAUUUUAUAGCGUAUAUAUUAAUAAAAAAAUGUAUAGUUGAUACAGAUGGUGAUUAAUAUUAGUAUAGUUGGAGAUUGUAGCUAAAGAUAUUACAACCGUUUUACCACCCUUAGC